CGCCAGCCGAGAGACCCCCAGCUUAGAGAAUCUUAAGAACGCGGAGACCUGGUUGCGCGCACAGGCUCUCUCGGGUCAAAAAAACCAAAAAGGGGUUCCGGGGAUUCAGAUUCGUGGCGACCCCGUGUGUCCACAGGGUCGAACUGCACCGUGGGGAGCCUCGGCUGUCAUCUCUACGGGAGCAGAUCAUCAAUCUAUUCCCUUGCGGCGCAGCUGCGUGGGUUUAGCUGCCAACUUUUCUGUCGUCAAGCGCAAACCACUUGCAAACCACUUUCGCGCCACCCAGGGAUCCCUGUCAUCUCAUCCAAUGCGCAAAUUCUCUUUCCACCACUCCCUAGGCGUGGCCCACACUGUGACCUCCCUUAGCGCCUGGAUUGUGGCGUCUGUGAAGUGCACAGAGUCGAAGCUACUUGACGGGGGCUGUGGGGGAGAUUAAAUGAGAGGAUGCUUGUCUACCACUUUGCAGGAGGCAGGGACUGGCAGACAGAGCCCGCCCACUGUAAGCCAUGAGGGCCCCCCCAGUGCUGGCCGUCAGCGGGAUGCAGACCAUCCGCCGUCAGCACAGCUGCCACCGGGGUGGCCAGCGGCUCAAGGCCAGGGCGUCCUUUGUGGAUGAGACGCUGUUUGGUAGCCCUGCGGGGACCCGGCCCAGCCCACCGGACUUCGACCCGCCGUGGGUAGGAAAGGCCAAUGGAGCCGGGAGGCUGAGUGGAAGGGUGUCUCGGGCCUCGGACGCUAAUAAGAGCUGCGAGAGCACCCCACCCAGGGGCAGCACCCCAACACUCACACCAAGGAAAAACCACAAAUACAGGCUGGUCGGCCACACUCCGUCUUACUGUGAUGAGUCUCUAUUCGGCUCCCGGACCGAGGGCGCCGGCUGGGAGGCCCCAUGGAUGGCCAAAGGCGAUGCUGCCAAGCUCCAGGCCCUCUUCUGGACACCCCCUGCCACUCCCAGGGGUAGCCACUCGCCCCGGCCUAGGGAGACCCCUCUUCGGGCCGUCCACCCAGCUAGCCUCGCCACUACCCAUCCCGGUGCGGUGGCUGCGGCAGACUCCUGUAAGCUACCUUUGGCGGGGUUUGGAGCUACAGAGCCAGUGCGACGGCCACGUUCCCGGUCCCUCACCCACCUGACUGUUCCCGGCACCUCUCGCCCGCCCACCAGUGUCCCCCAUGCCAAUGGGCCUCGGGACCCCAGGCCUCCCCUGUCCGGAGUAACCUCCCGGAGCCCCCUGACUCCCAGGGCUCCUUGUAUCAGCACGUCAGCACCAGCCACCCCCCGGCGAGGUGGGGCUCCCCAGAAACCAAAGCCCCCUUGGAAAUGAGGUCCUUGGCCCUGCCAUUGGGUUUGCCCCAGGGACGGGGUGGUGUGGAGGGGCAGGGGGCCCAGUGCCAUCACCCCUCUGCUGGCAGGCUGCAGUGGCUCCCUGCUUCGUAGGUUCCCUGA